UUCCGGUUGAGGUCACGUGAUAACGUCGCCUCUGUUGGGGUGGUUGGACUUCCCCUCUUCUUUUAUUUUGAAUUAUAUUUAUUCACUGUAGGACCACUUAACGGAUAAACUGUGAUUUGUAAUAGCCAUAAUCAUGGCGUACGAUGGAUACCCUGCUUCCGAUGAUUAUAUGGAUCCCGAAGACGAAUGGGAUCGCGAGCAACUUUUAGAUCCGGCUUGGGAAAAGCAACAAAAAAAGACAUUCACAGCAUGGUGCAAUUCACAUCUUCGGAAAGCUGGUACACAAAUAGAAAACAUAGAAGAGGACUUUCGAAAUGGCUUGAAGCUGAUGCUAUUACUUGAAGUGAUUUCUGGUGAACAAUUACCGAAACCUGACAGGGGCAGAAUGAGAUUCCAUAAAAUAGCCAAUGUGAACAAAGCUUUGGACUAUAUAGCUAGUAAAGGAGUUAAAUUGGUUUCUAUUGGUGCAGAAGAAAUUGUUGAUGGUAAUAAUAAGAUGACCUUGGGUAUGAUCUGGACCAUAAUUUUGCGAUUUGCCAUCCAAGAUAUCACAGUAGAAGAAUUGACUGCAAAAGAGGGGCUGCUACUUUGGUGUCAGCGCAAGACAGCUCCAUACAAAAAUGUUAAUGUACAGAACUUUCAUCUUAGUUUUAAGGAUGGGUUGGCCUUCUGUGCCCUCAUUCACAGACACCGACCGGAGCUCAUAGAUUACCAUAAACUGUCAAAGGACAAUCCAUUGGAGAACCUGAACACAGCUUUCGAUGUUGCAGAGAAACACUUGGAUAUCCCCCGCAUGUUGGACGCUGAAGACAUGGUAAACUCAGUGAAGCCAGAUGAGAGGUCAGUGAUGACCUACGUUUCCGCAUACUACCACGCUUUCUCUGGAGCCCAACAGGCGGAAACGGCAGCUAACCGUAUCUGUAAGGUGUUGAAGGUGAACCAGGAGAAUGAGCGACUCAUGGAGGAGUAUGAGCGCCUUGCCAGCGACUUGUUGGCAUGGAUCAAGAAGACAACCCCCUGGCUGGAAAACCGCACAACAGACAACACUCUGCCCGGUACCCAGCGUAAACUUGAUGAGUUCAGGGACUACCGCCGCAAACACAAGCCUCCAAAGUUGGAGGACAAAGCACGCCUAGAAAACAGCUUCAACACGCUCCAGACACGCCUUCGCCUCAGCAACAGGCCAGCCUACCUCCCCACGGAGGGAAAAAUGGUGUCUGAUAUCGCAAAUGCAUGGAAGGGACUGGAGACAGCAGAAAAAGGCUUUGAAGAGUGGCUUCUCUCAGAACUGCAGAGGUUAGAGCGUCUGGAUCACCUGGCCCAGAAGUUCCGUCACCGAUGUGAGAUCCACGAGGACUGGGCCGAGGGUAAGGAGGACAUGCUCCAGUCACAGGACUUCAAACGAUGCAGGCUCAAUGAUGUCAAGGCUAUGAAGAAGAAGCAUGAAGCAUUUGAGAGUGACCUGGCAGCCCAUCAGGACAGAGUGGAGCAGAUAGCAGCCAUCGCACAGGAACUCAAUGCCCUGCAGUACCAUGAUAUUGUAGCAGUUAACACCAGGUGCCAGACGAUCUGUGACCAGUGGGACAGACUGGGAACCCUCACUGCAUCGCGCCGCACAGCUCUUGAUGAAGCAGAGAAUAUUCUUGAAAAGAUUGACUCUCUUCACCUGGAAUUUGCCAAGCGUGCAGCGCCGUUCAAUAACUGGCUGGAUGGAGCUAAGGAAGAUCUGCUGGACAUGUUUAUUGUCCACACCACCGAGGAAAUACAGGAGUUGUUUGAGGCCCAUGAGCAGUUCAAGUCAACAUUGCCAGAGGCUGACAAGGAGUAUAACGCCAUCAUGCGGCUCUCACAGGAGGUACAGCGCCUCUCGUCCUCCAUUGGCAUCAACAACCCAGAGAACCCGUACACCACUGUCAACCCACAGGACAUUGGGUCCAAGUGGGGCGAGGUUCGCCAGCUUGUGCCACAGCGAGACUCCACCCUCAGUGAAGAGAUGGCCAAACAGCAGCGGAAUGAGCGUCUGCGUAGGGAGUUUGCCCAGAAGGCGAACGUUGUUGGCCCAUGGAUUGAGAACCAGCUGGACGCAGUGGCUUCGAUCACAAUCCAGAUGAAGGGAUCGCUGGAGGAUCAGCUCAACAAGCUUCACCAAUACGAGAAGUCCGUGCAGCAAUACAAGUCACACAUGGAUGACCUUGAAACAAUCAACCAGGAAGUUCAGGAGGCCAUGAUCUUUGAGAACAGAUACACUCACUACACCAUGGAGACUCUGCGUGUUGGCUGGGAGCAGCUGUUGACGGCCAUCGCCAGAAACAUCAACGAAGUGGAGAACCAGAUCUUGACACGAGACUCAAAGGGCAUCAGCGAAGACCAGAUGAACGAGUUCCGACUUUCAUUUAACCACUUUGACAAGAACCGCACCCGUCGCCUGGAGCCAAAGGAGUUCAAGGCCUGCCUCGUCUCCCUCGGCUACAACAUCCGUGAUGACAGACAGGGUGAUGCAGACUUCCAGAGGAUCAUGUCUAUUGUUGACCCUAACCACAGUGGCCAUGUGACGUUUGAGUGCUUCCUAGACUUCAUGACACGGGAGACCGCAGACACAGACACAGCUGAGCAAGUCAUGCAGUCAUUCAAGAUCCUCGCAGGAGACAAGGCAUUCAUCACUGCCCAGAUCCUGCGACAGGAGCUGCCUCCAGACCAGGCGGAGUACUGUAUUCAGCGUAUGGCUCCCUAUUCUGGCCGAGACGCAGUACCCGGGGCCCUGGACUACAUGAGCUUCUCUACUGCGCUGUAUGGCGAGAGUGAUUUGUGAGCUCCAUAUCCCGUUUCCCCGUAUCAGGGUCUCCUGGGAACUGAUUGUCUGUAAUGGCUUCUGUAGCAUAGAAAAGUGCAGCUGGAGUUACUCCCCUUUAAUGUGUCAUGUGACUUUUAAGGCAUAACCGUUUGACCUUGCGUGUAGUACUGGUGUGUUGGCGUGCAUAUACUGGGAAAAAAACUAUUUAUUUUACAUGACUUGAUUUUAUCUAGGACAGUUUUGUAUGGAGAUUAAUUUAUGCAAUGAAAGAGAACAAUGACUGGAGAUAGGAAUUUGAAUGGAAAAUACUAGGCUUAUGUUUUCAUAUUGCAGAAGGUUUUACAGAUGAUGGUACAAAAGCACCAUUUCGCAAGUAACUAAGAUAUGGUGCCCGUAUAUAUCAAAUCUAUGCAUGGAUUGGUACUUACUGUCAUAUAUAUAUUGACUUGUAACCUUCCAAACCAGUUUUAACCUCAUUGUUCUACGCCAUCAUUGUUUUCUAGUACAAAAUAUUAAAGCCCAGCUCUUCUCUCAUUUCAAGAAUUUAACAACAGUUUUGCAGUGACAAGGUGAAUUAUUAAACCUCAGGCAAGAUAUGGUUAUGAACGAGACUUGUCCACGCUGCAGGUAUGAGAACCAGUCGACUGACUCACCCACAACACUUGAUUGGUUACUCCCUCUUGCCCAGUGUGUGUACACGUAGACUGGUUCAGGAUCUUGAUUCAAGAUCUGCCAGCAGGCCCAAGUUGUUAGGAAUAGAACACAGAUGAGUUGAUUUCAAACCAACUUGAAAUAAGUUUUAUUUUUUUAGAUGAUUGUAGGGCCCGAGAUUUUAAAUACAUACAUACAUACAUACAACUGGUGGAAAGUUGACUUUGCUUUGUGAAGCUAAUGCAAAUUAGAGUAAUAACCAGAGGAAUGAAAUUGAUAUAUACCAAAUCUAUUUUUAUGAAUGUAGGAGAAAUUGGAGAUUUUUUUUUUAUACAUUUUUGAUCAAAAUAAAUAUUUCGUUUAAGUUGUAAAUGAUUCACUUUGUAAAUAAUUUAUACUAUGAGCACUGCCAAAAUAUAGCUUCUUGUAUUUCUAUAAACGUAGCUUACAUAUAAUCUAUUAGAUAUUGGUAUAUGUGUUGGGGGAAGUAAAUAGAAGCCACCAGAUACGGAGAUUAUACACUGGUGCAGGACUUAAUGAAGGCAGGCCUUGCUUGUAGGAAAUGUACAAAUUUGUGUCAUCUGUAACUUAUUUUUAUACUGUAGUCUUUGUAGUUAAACUUUUGUUACUAACAUUUGAACAAAACCAGAUAAUAUUUAAAACUUAUAUUUGACUUUUCUUGAAUUUAGAAGUUAAGGGUAUUCAUUUCAUCAGCUAAUUGCUUGUUAAAUGCUGACAUUAUGUGUGAACUUGUUGACUGAAAUUGUUGGUACCUGAUACAGAUGUAGUAUAUUCUAUCACAUGAGCCCUUGCACACAAACCCACCAGUCAGGGUACACAUCCAUUUUGUAUCGGGCAUUGAAUGUGAGUGCCUCCCUAAGUAUGGCAUUAUGAUGCUGAUUGAUUGGCUUGUUUGCGAGGGCUUUUCUUCAUCUUUCCUCCUGUUUGUGAUAGGGUUGUUUGUUUUUGAGUCUGAACUUCAUUUUGUGUAAUUAGUGAACAACUUAUAAACUUCAACCCUCUGCUGUGUGUUAUUAGGUUUUAAGUCUUAAUUUGCAAAAAGUAAAAAUGUUCUGUGCACAGGGGUGAAGAUAUGCAUGGUAAAAAAUACUUAUGAAAUAUUGUUUGCACCAGACAGGGCUCAUGUUGUCAUCUUGGCCCAAAUUGUGCACUGGCAUUGUAGAUAUUGUAACAUCUUAAGAAAAAGUGCGGGACUCAUGUGAAGUUUGCUGCAUUCAAUGUUUCUAUGAGGUGUAUUUUAAAAUGAAUAUUUACACUAUUAUUAUAACUUUGAAUUUCUCAGUUUAAAAUCGAAAGAGAUAUACAUGUAUGUUAAGACAAACUUAUUUCUUAAGUGCCUUUCAAAAACUAUCUUACAAUACUACCGGUAUUCAGUCUUUGUUAUUCUUGUUCUUGUUUAAUCAAAAGCUCUUAGUGUCAUAGCGUUCUGUUGGCUGCUGUUAUCAUGUUUACAUAUUGCUUAUGCCUGAAUACAUAGGUACCCAUUAGCCGAUCUUUUAUAUUGGAUGAAAGAAUCAUGACUUAACCAGUAAUUUAAAUUUGGAAUAAAUUACAAUAAAAAUGUAUAAAAUAUU